UAGCUAGCUGAGCUGAGCCUGAGCUUAUUAUAUUUCCCUCCACUUCGUCCUCUUCUUCCUCCUCCAUCCCCAUCCUCCAUCGGAUGCACUAGUAGCUGGCCUUGUACCCUACCUAGCUUAGCUACCCACCCAUGUCCUCCUCCUCGUCUCCUCUCGCUGUCUGCCUUUGACUUGGAGACCUAGCUCGUCGAUCGCCGGCCAUGCGGGUGCAGUGCGACGUCUGCGCCGCCGAGCCGGCCGCGGUGCUCUGCUGCGCCGACGAGGCCGCGCUCUGCUCCGCCUGCGACCGCCGCGUCCACCGCGCCAACCGCCUCGCCAGCAAGCACCGCCGCCUCCCGCUCGUCCACCCGUCCUCCUCCUCCUCCGGCGACGGUGGCGCCGCCGCCGCGCCGCUGUGCGACGUGUGCAGGGAGAAGAGGGGCCUCGUGUUCUGCGUCGAGGACCGCGCCAUCCUGUGCGCCGACUGCGACGAGCCCAUCCACUCCGCCAACGACCUCACCGCCAAGCACACCCGCUUCCUCCUCGUCGGCGCCAAGCUCUCCCCCGCCGCGCUCGCCGAACAGCCGCUCCCGUCCUCCGACUGCAGCUCCGACGACGACGCCGCCGCCGCCGCCACCGAGGAGGAGUACCACUCCUCCGCCGCAUCCACCGGCGCCGCAGUGAGCGCGCCUCUUGACGCCUCCAGCAACGGCGCCGGUGGCGGAGGAGGAGUAGGAGGGAGCAGCAUCUCCGACUACCUCACCACCAUCUGCCCCGGCUGGCGCGUCGAGGACCUCCUCCCCGACGACGACGCCUUCGCCGCCGCCGCCGCGCAGGCGGGGAAAGAGAAGGACGAGCGCGUGCCGUUCCUCGACGCCGACCUGUUCGACGUGGUCGCCGGCCGGCCGGAGAAGAAGGGCGGCGCGUGGGCGCCGCACGUGCCGCACCUGCCGGCGUGGUGCCUCGACGAGGUGCCGGUCGUCGUCGCCGCGUCGGCGGCGCCAGCGGCGACACCUGUAAAGGCGAAGCAGGGACACGUGCGGGACAGCCACUGGAGCGACAGCGACGCGUUCGCCGUGCCGGAGUUCUCGCCGCCGCCGCCGCCGGCCAAGAGGGCGCGGCCCAGCUCGCAGUUCUGGUGCUUCUGAACGCCGCCGCCGCCGUACAAUCUGGCCGCCGGCGAGCUCGACGAACACCUCGAUGGAUCGAUCGAACACCUGUGUAAUCACUCAGCUGGUCACUACUACAAGUAGCAAUCAGCAAGCUUGAUGUGCCACUGUUACUAGCUGCUGCUGUUUAAUUAGUGAGUACUAAGCUACUACUAGUUAAUUUUGGUGAAAACUAUGCUACUUUGUUACUAUAUAAUGAAGUAUGUGUAUCAAACUAAACUGAGAUGUUGGUAAUUAAUUAUCGUAUUUUGUAAUGUUUCAUCUUCUUUAGUUUCUUCAUCUAAGAUCAACAAGCUAGCUAGUCUUAGUCAACCCAUACUACAACAUAGAUCUGAAGAGAAAAAGAAAAUGAUAUAUAAUUAACCAGGGGAGCUAAUUAAAUUGUGGUGGUUGUAA